AUGUCUGCCGUGGGGUUGGAUCUUUCACAGGAGGAGCCCGUGCACGAUCUGAGCCUCCCCCUCAUGCUGCUCUUCAUCGCGAAUGCGGAAACUCCUGCAGAUGAAGGCGGCCAGGAUCAAGUCCUGGCGCAUGCCUGUCUAGAAGCGUUCGACGCAGAGCAUGAAGAUUUGAGAGAUGAAGCCAAGAUCGAAGAUGGAGGCGUGGUGGCCAAGGGGCUGCUCACCCUCCUCAUCGUUGAUCGUCACCACCGAGCAGAGGGGCUGGGCCGACGCAUGGUGGAAGAGCUGGGCCGCUUGGCCGCGAUGUCGUUUGGCAUGAGCAGCCUCUGCCUCACGUGCGAGCAGGACAAGCGCGGCUUCUACGAGCGGUGCGGCUUCUGCUUCAUCACCACCGCGCACGAGACGGAGAAGGGUCAGCACCUCUUGUGGAUGAAAAGGCAGCUCUCCGCUUGA